AUGUCGAAUGUUGUUACUUUGAGCGAACUGAACCUUGUUGAAGCAUUACAGCAGGCCAGUAAUCCGCAACAUGCUGGCUCUGAAGUGCAGAAAGCUGCCGAACAACAAUUAAGAGAAUGGCAACAACAACCGGGGUUUCACUUCUUACUCCAAUCGAUCUACCUGAACCUCUCAAACUCUUUGCAGAUUAGAUGGCUAGCUGUUAUACAGUUCAAAAAUGGUGUGGAAAAAUACUGGAGAUCUACAAGGAUUAAUGCGAUUAACAAAGAUGAGAAAAUAUCCAUUCGUGGUCGACUUUUUGACCUUAUUGAUGAACAAAACAAUCAGCUUAGUAUUCAGAAUGCUCAGGCUGCUGCGAAGAUUGCAAGGUUGGAUUUCCCUGUUGAAUGGCCAAAUUUAUUUGAGCAAUUGGAACAAUUGUUGUCAAACGACCAUAUAGUGCGAAACACGGUCAAAGCCUACAACAUACUGGUUCAUGUCAAUCAGAUCAUAAAGGUUUUAGGGGCUGCGAGAAUUGGAAGAUGCAGACCUGCUAUGCAAAGCAAGAUGCCUUUGAUUUUUCCGCUCGUGGUACGCAUUUAUUAUGAAUCCUUUGAGAAAUGGACUUCAUCGCAGGGAGUCACUGGAGAUAAUCUAUCCAAUUUACAGGUGUCUUACAUGUCUUUGAAAGUUUUGAGGCGAAUAGUCACCGAAGGCUAUGAACGCCCGCAUAGAGAUGAGUCCGUCUGCGAAUUUAUGAAGCUCAUUGUUGCCCAUUUUGAUCUGCUGGUGUCACAUCAGGAGAAUUUCAAGGAAGUUGAUAUAUAUGAAAAAUUCAUUAGAUGUUACGGGAAGUUAUUUUACAACUUAAUUACAUCAUCACCAGCAAACUUCAUUUUACUUCCAUGUUCAACCCAAAUUCUGAUCACAUACACCAGUUUACUAUUCGACAAGGCUCCGUUGGUCUAUAACGAGAAAUCCGAUGAGUGUGGAGAUUUUUGGGAGCAAACAGCGAUUAGAGGAUUUUUAAUACUAAAAAGAGUGUUCAAUUUCAUUCAUAAGAAGGGUGCGGUGAUUUUAAAGGCUAGAAGUGACAAGGUAAGCAUUGAUGAAUCAAUUAAAAGAAUAUCAACGGAAUUUCUCAAUGAGCAGCUUGUCACUAAGCUUGUUGAUAUUUUGAUGAAAUGGUAUUUGAAAUUGCGUCCUUGUGAUCUAGAGAACUGGUCCAUGGAUCCUGAAGAGUGGAUAAAUGAGCAAAUGGCAACAAGCUACGAGUACCAAAUUAGACCAUGUGCAGAAAACUUUUUCCAAGAUCUCAUCAAUACAUUCCCCGAGUUACUUGUUCCCUACUUGUUAAACAAGAUCGAAAAUGAGGCCGCCAACCUAUCGAAUUCCUUAGAGGACUUCCUAACUAAGGAUGCUAUCUAUGCGAGCUUUCAGCUGAGCGCUUCUGCGGUCAGUGAGAUGGUUGAUUUCGAUAGACUGUUAGUGGAAGUGUUUCUACCGGAGGCUACGUCGAGCAAUGCCUCUAAAGAUCAAUUGAACGUGAUAAGACGAAGAACAUGUCUGAUUAUAAACGAAUGGUGCACUAUCAAAUGCUCUGAUGAAAGUAAAAGAUUAUGCUACGAGUUUUUCACAAAUCUUCUGAUGACCGAAGAGGAUAAAGUUGUACUUUUGACUUGUGUUAAGUCGCUGAGGACCAUGAUCGAUGACUGGAACUUCAACAAGGAUACCUUCCAACCUUUCUUGGUGAACAUCGUCGUCAUCCUAUUGAGGAAACUUUUACCGUCAGUAUCGUUGACCGAGACAAGGCUUUACAUCCUAAAUACAUUGAGCGACAUCAUCAUCCAGACAAAACCAUUAAUAAGUGAAAAUCUACUGAUGGAAGUUCUCCAGCUUGUCCCCAAACUUUGGGAGGUUUCUACUAACAAUUCUUCUGAGUCCAUCUUAUCAAAUGCAUUAAUCAGAUUGUUACGGCAUCUUGUUACAUCCUUGGGUGUGCAGUCUCACCUGACAUGGUCCAUUGCUAUACCAGUUGUCGCUGAAGCAUGCAAUCCAUCCUCAUCACAUUAUCAACUUCUGAAUGAAGAUGGAUAUGAAUUAUGGGGUGUCCUCUUACAAAAUUAUUCCAGCCAAGGUCCAAAGCUUGACCCCGAAUUUUAUCAGCUGCUACCAUUCUUGGAACAUGGCGUUGAGACUCACACAGAAAUAUUGCCAACUUUGCUCGAGAUUAUGAAGAGUUAUGCCCUAAUCCUUAACAACGAGGAAUUUUUCUCCAGUCCAACAUUUUCACAGAUCUUUUCUCUAAUAUCAUUAUACCUUUUGAAGUUGAGAGACGACUCUUUCCAUUUGAUCUUGGAGAUAUGGGAAAUUUUGGUUCUUUCCAAUGAAGCUAAUAACGAAGACGUUUUACUGCAAAGCUUCUUUUCCAACAAUGUAUUGAAAGCCAUCUUUGAUAGUAUUUUUAAGGAGGCCUCAUUGUCUAGCUAUCAACGUAUUCAGGUGAUCCAAAUCGUAGCAAGAAUCGCAUAUGUGAACCCGCAAGAUUUGAUGAGUUUUCUAUCGUCAUAUCACCAAUCUACACCCACUAGCAUGGAAAUUCAAUCCCUACCAGCUGCUGAUAGGCUAUGCAUCUCCCGUGACAUCUCUUUCGAUGAGGCUGUCAAUAAGUUCAUCUCGAUCUGGUUAUCCGACUUCAAAGACCUUUUCGAUCCGAAAAUCAAAAAAGUACACAUUUUAGGUCUCUCUAGUUUGUUAAGGACUGGAUUGGUAUCGGUUUUGUCCAAUUUCCAAGCUAUUGCUUCGCAGUGGAUAGAUAUGUUAGAAGAAAUUAAUGAAUCAAACGACGGUGAUUGUGAGAAAUAUCAUUUAAAUGACUUGGUUACACCACAGUCUAUUGAUUUUCAUCCUCUAACUGCGGAACAAUACCGGUAUCACGACUUAUGCAAGAGUAACGACCCCGUUCACAACAUAAGCUUGAAGGAGUUCAUUAGUCGGAUCUUACAAUUUCUGGAAAACAAUCUCGGUUCACAGCAUCAAGAAUUUUUGAAGAAUGUUGAUCCAAAGCUCAUAGAAAACAUUAAACUCUUUCUAUCCAUCAAUCCCCAGCGUGCAUAA